GCGGCACGCUCCUUGCCGGCGCCAUGCAGCUCUCCCUGGCCCUGUGUCUCCUCUGCCCACUGCUGCCCGCUGUCUUCCGAGCGGCUGAGGGACAGGGCUGGUCGGCCUUCAAGAACGAUGCCACCGAGUUCAUCCCCGGGCUUGGCGGCCACCUGGAGCCCCCUCCGGAGCCGGAGAGCAACAAGACCAUGAACCGGGCGGAGAACGGGGGGCGGCCUCCCCACCACCCCUUCGAGGCCACAGACAUCUCUGAGUUCAGCUGCCGAGAGCUGCGCGCCACGCGCUAUGUGACGGACGGGCCCUGCCGCAGCGCCAAGCCGGUCACCGAGCUGGUGUGCUCGGGUCAGUGCGGGCCGGCGCGCCUGCUGCCCAACGCCAUCGGCCGCGGCAAGUGGUGGCGCCUGGGCGUGCGCUUGGUGGCCUCCUGCAAAUGCAAGCGCCUGGGCCGCGCGCACAACCAGUCCGAGCGCAAGGACUUCGCGCCCGGGCCGCAGAGGGGACGCAAGCCCAGGCCGCGCGCCGAGCUGGACAACGCGUACUGACCCUGGGGCCUGGACCCGCACGGCCGAGGGCCCCGUCACUCCGAAUGCACCACGCCCAGGGCGGGGACUGAGCUGCGGAAUCCGGGUCUGGAGAGCCGCCAGCCUGCAGACUCCCGCGGGGAGGCAUGGGGACACUGCCCACGCCUCCGAGGGGAGGAAAUGGACAGUGCACACUGCCCGGCCGGCUGAGGAGCUCCUGAGACCCUGGCAUCUCCACACCGCUGCCAGCCUGGGCUGUGUGCCCACGACACGCUGCCUUAGCUUGCUGCGGGGCCUCGCCGUCUUCUCUGCACGAUGGGGAAGGAAGGCUGCAGCUCCAGGACCCCCUUACCCCGCGCCCCUCUGGGACCUGGCGCUGCUGAGUGGGCCGGGCAAUUGGAUCGCUGCUGGUCACUGCGGGAGCCCGGGGGUGCCGUUGCCGCCCAGACGCGCAGCGGAGGAGGAGGAGGCCGCUGGCCCGGGACGGGGCAGGCAGAGCUGUGGGCCCCAGCCUGGCCGCCCGUCCCCAAGAAAGGGUGUCCUGAGUGCCGACAGGGAGCGGGUGCUGGAGGUGGCAGGGGACAGUCGGUCACCCUCAUCGUGCAGAGCAGCGCCCCUCCCUGCACUGCCGCCCUGCAGUCACCUGCAGAGGCCAGCUGCCCCUCGUCCCGCCCGGCUCCCACGGCCGUGCUGUUGUCUAGAAAACAGCGUCCCCUCCUUCCUGGGCGGAGCGCUGUCCACGGGCGACGCCGGUCCCUUCCAGCCGCCGCCCUCCGCCGACUUCUGUGCAGCUGUCCACGGCUCCGAGGGAGAGCACUGUAGCCGGGAGCAGGGCCUCCAGGAACACAGGGCCGGCAUUCCUGCCCUCUCCUGCGCGGGGCCUGGCUCCAGGGCGAGGUGGUGGUUUUACAGAGUACACUGUGUAUUUAUUUUCCCGUGUAAGUUAUUUAUGCGCAGGGUUUUCCUGCAGAGCGCGACAGUGCCUGUCCUGCUCCGCAGCGCCUGGUGCCCUCGUGCCGGGUUUGCUAAUAAAGACCGUGCCCUCCACCCGGUGGCGUGGCCGCCUGUCCUCA